AUGUUGGAGAACCGGGAGGAGCUGACCACGGUGCGUGUUCAGGACCCCCGGGUGCAGAACGAAGGCUCCUGGAACUCCUAUGUGGAUUACAAAAUCUUCCUCCACACCAACAGCAAGGCCUUUACUGCCAAGACCUCAUGCGUGCGGCGCCGGUACCGGGAAUUCGUGUGGCUGAGGAGGCAGCUCCAGAAGAAUGCUGGCUUGGUGCCUGUCCCAGAGCUGCCCGGGAAAUCCACCUUCUUUGUGGGCAGCACCGAUGAAUUCAUCGAGAAGCGGAGACAAGGGCUGCAGCAGUUCCUGGAGAAGGUCGUGCAGAACGUGGUCCUCCUCUCCGACAGCCGGCUGCACCUCUUCCUGCAGAGCCAGCUCUCCGUCCCCCAGAUAGAGGCGUGUGUGCAAGGCCAGGGCUCGCAGACGGUGACCGGCGCCAUCCUGCACUACGCCAUGUCCAACUGCGGCUGGGUGCAGGAGGAGGAGAGCCGCCCCGCUCUGCUCCCGGGAGGGGACCCACACGGCAG